AUGUUAUACUACAAGCAAGAUGAUAAGAAAGAGAAGUGUGAUAUUUGUGGAGAAAGUCGUCUGAGAAAGAAGGAAGAGAGACGUACUGAUUGGAAGCAUUGUCAUGUUGAACCACAAGCCCUUUAUGAAGCUGGUGGUGGGAAGCCGCAUGGAAAGUGGUCACUAUUUAAUGGUGCUGUGGAGGGUAAAGAAACUCUUAGGGAGGUGCAGGUCAAUCGCUCUUUGUCUUCAUCAAAGCGCCAACGAAUACAACAUGAUAAAAGGAUUGCUCAACAUAAUGAGUUAAUGAAAGCACAUGCACAAAGUAUGGUUGAUUGGGGGGAAUCUGUGCAGGCUACAGUGGAGAGUAACCCUGGUGGUGUGAACAAGUUUCUUAUGACCAUUGCGUCCCUUCAAGGAAUUCCAGGGCCUGAGAUUCCCUGCAUUACUAUACCCCCACCUCCAACUUUUCCAACUUUAACCACUUCGUCUCCAAUCUUUUCUCCAGAAAUGCCCUCCACUGGUGAAUCAGCUAAUGCUGCUGAACAUAUGGAUAAUACGUGGUGUGGAGCUGAAAAUGGAAUGUUUGGUGGCUUCUUUGAUGCAAAUGGUAAUGAUGCCAAUGGUGUACCUGUUGAAAAUUUCUCCCCGUCGUGUGACGAUCUACCUCCAUUUUGAGAUAUCUCUUGCGGUGGUGAAGGAAAUGGCAUAAACUUAUUGUGAUGAGUAACUGGAAGCCAAUGAUUGUUAUUAGGAUAUGCAUACGUACUUAAUUAAGUGCAACCUGACACUUAUGUUUUUGGCCAUGUAUAUCCUGAUGGUUGUGAUUUGUUGGGAUAUCAAUGACUUACAUGAUGCAUGGUGCAUUUGACAAUCCUAGUUAGAUGACAUUUUUUUAAGUGUAGGGUACUUUUGUAAGCUCCUGUAUGUUGUCAUUUAAAACGAUGAUGGUUGAAUAUAUAAUUUGUAUGGU